CGGGGCGUCGCAAGGUGUAGGUAUAUAAGAGCGGCGGCUCCUGGAGGCUGUACAUUGUUUCUCCCGGAGUAUAGCUGGAAACAUGCGCGUCCUGUUGCUGUUGUCAACGCUGGUGGCGGCUGCCGUGGCAGCACCAGUAAUGGAAGAAGUCACAAACCCAUUAGCUGACCCUGAAGCAGCACCGGCCCUCGCCGUGGCAGAUGCAGCAGAGACAGAGAUGAUGGCACCAGUCGUCCCAGAGGAGGCUCUCCCUGUUGAGGAAGUUGCAGUCCUCUCUGAAGCUGUAGAUAUUCCUAUCGUUGCUAUCAUUCUUAGAGCUGAUCCGGCAGAUAAGACUCCCGCUGUGGAGACUUCUGGCCCCACUGAAGUGAUCGCUCCAAUUGCUGAGGAGACACCUAUUUUCGUUGAAGAGACUCUUGCAGAGGAAACUGCCAUCCCUGUUGUUGAAGAAACUUUAGAUGCCGAGCCCUCCGUCCUUCCCGAGGAAGCAGGUAUCGUUGUAGAAGAAAAUACUGCUGCUUUAGAAGACACUCCUGUUCUUGUUGUAGAAACUAACUCCCUCACUGAAGAGAUUGCGGCUCCAGUAGAAGAGGCUCCCGUCAUCCCGGAGACAAAGACCAUUGAUGAGACGAAUGUACCCACUGAGGAGGCUGCUGCUGUCCAGGAGGAGACCCCUGCCCCUGCGGAAGAGACUCCAGCCCGAUUGGAAGCGACUACUCUACCAGAAGAAGAGACUCCCAUUGUCAUUGAAGAAACAACUAACCCUGUAGAGGAGACUCUUGUAGAAGAGACUCCUGUCCUCAUAGAAGAGACUCCUGCACUUGCAGAAGAAGCCCCUAUGGAAGAGAUCGUGGUCCUUGUGGAAGAGACUCCUGCCCUUGUGGAAGAGACUCCUGUUUUUGCAGAAGAGACUCCUGCUCCUGUGGAAGAGACCGUGGUCCUCGUAGAAGAGACUCCUGCCCCUGUGGAAGAGGCUGUGGUCCUUGUAGAAGAGACUCUUGCCCCUGUGGAAGAGGCCGUGGUCCUUGUUGAAGAGACUCUUGCCCCUGUAGAUGAGACUCCUGUCUUUGUAGAAGAGACUCCUGCCCCUGUGGAAGAGGCCGUGGUCCUUGUAGAAGAGACCCCUGCCCCUGUGGAGCAAGCCACCGUCAUCCAAACCGGGAGCCAGUUCCCGCGGGGUGAUGUCAGCCCUGCAGCCUCAGUGGUCAGCCACCUGGUGGCCGCAAGGCCUCAGGUUCUGUCCUUUAGUUCUCCAAAUUUCCAUCACCACGCCCCUCAGCACCAGCUGCAUUUCUCUGUACCGGCCAGCCAUCACACGCAUUUCACCCAUACAGGACAGCUGACUCGUAACUUCCAACAAACUCAGGCGCCAGUGGCCCCAGUCGAUCCCCUAACACUAGUGCCUGCUCAGUUCAGAUCCUUCAUAUUCCCUAAUGAUGCACCUGAUGUAUUGGCUGCAAAGAUUAAUUUCUUCCAGCACUACUCAUCUCUUUUGCCACAGAGGCGCUUUGGCUAACUUUUUUUUUUAAACGAGUGGCGAUAGUGUAGGACGAGUCAUGCUCAUUUAGGGUAACGCUACAGGUGCAUGCAUUCACCCAAUGGCAGUAGCACUUGCUGAAAGUUUAAUGCAUUACAUGCAGCAUGUGCAGGAGUCAUGUCAGUUUGGAAUUACUAUUAUGUAUCUUGUCGCCCAGCCUUGUCACUUGUACAUAAUGCACAUAGGGCUGAAAAGCAAAUUUCUUUAUA